GAAUUUCACCGGAACAAAACCUUACUGCUGGGAAGGCGAACCAGACGUUAGAGGACCCAUUCUACCUGCGCUAUAGCACGGGCCACAUAAUAGAAUGGCUCUUAUCACCUGGCACGCAUGGUAGGUGCUGAUAUCGAAGAAGGCACGUCUACCAGCCAGUCCACAGUCCAGUCCUGCCCAUUUUGCCCGUUCUGCCUGUCCCAAUCCAGGCUAGUUUCCUUUUCUUGAUUUCAACUUCGAUUUUUCGUUCAACAUCCUCUCCUGGCGUCCUGUCCUUUUCCUCAUCCGAUUCCCUAACACUCUCAAUUCGCGUUUAUCACCGCGAAGGCAUGCCUGGCCCAUAUUAUCCAUCUCGACCAGUACACAAUUUUUCGACUAGGCAACGCUUUGUACUAUUUAUUCCCUGAAGGCCUCUGUCCUCUAUUUCAUUCAUUUCACCACUCCUCCUUUCUGCAGAUCCCUUCUCCUGUCUAUUCCCUACCUUUCGUUUGCCUUGCCUGGCCUGGCAACCACACCUUCUCUUCUUUUCCCCCUUUACAUUCUAUCGUUUCUCCCAAUCUGAUGCCUCUAUCUACUUCACCUACAACUGCGCCUCUAUCGACACGCCUCAAGAUGGAGGACCGUAAGCGUCCUGCUAUCAGCACGGAUGACAUCGCUCCUCCUAGCAAGCGACAAGCCGUUAAUGGUGGAAGUAAAUCUAAGGACGACGGCGAUGCGAAGGAUGAAGCGUGGAUCGAGUACUGAUGCGCGGCUAUGCUGUCAUCAGCGUUCUAUCCCAACACUCUCCCAUGUUUUGUCGUGCCGCGAUUGACUACGCAGCCUGACUCGAACCACCUCGUUACUACGAUUAUCAAAAAGAUGCCAUCUACCGACAGAUGCUCGAGUACAAGCGAGAGAAGAACACUUUAGAAACACAACUGGACGAAGCUCAGAGGCUUGCCGUACAUCAUGACGAUCACAUACGAGUUGUCGACAACUGGUGGUUACAG